AUGGCCUUUCAACUUGAGGAAGAGUUGACUUGUCCAGUGUGCCAGGAUAUCUUCAAAGACCCUGUAGUGCUGACAUGCAGCCACAGCUUCUGCAAAGACUGUCUGAGGACCUGGUGGAUAGAGAAACCCACGCAAGAAUGCCCUGUCUGCAAAAGAUCAUCCAAGAGCAGCCCACCGCUGAACCGCUCUCUGAAGAACCUGUGUGAGGCCUAUCUACAACAAGAAAAGCAGAGUCAUGUGUGUCCUCUGCACAAGGAGACAUUCAAACUGUUCUGUCUGACUGACCAGCAGCCCGUCUGCGUGGUGUGUCGAGACUCCAGAGCUCACAAGAAGCACCAGGUCAGACCUAUCGAUGAAGCAACUAAACAAUGCAAAGAAGAGCUUCAAAAGGCUCUCAACCCUUUGAAAGACCGAAUGGAGCUUGUGGAACGAUUUAAAAAACAUUGUGAGCUAUCUCUGGCUCACAUUAAAAGCCAGUCAUACCACGCAACCAAUCUGAUCGACAAGACGUUUCUAAGGCUGCACAACUUUCUCUCAGAGCAACAGGAGCUGCGCUUGAACGCUUUGAAGGAAGAAGAGGAGUGCAAGACACAGAAGAUGAUGGACAAGAUAUCAGCUAUGGACGCUGAGAUAGAAUGUCUCUCAGAAACCAUCAGAGUAGCAGAAGAGCAGCUGAAGGCUGCAGAUGUCUCCUUCUUGCUUGAAUACAAGGCUGCUGUGAACACAUUGGCGCAAUACCCACAACGAGAGGAACCAAAUAUGGGAACAGGAACUUUGCUAGACCAAGCUAAACAUCUGGGAAAUCUGGUUUUCAACAUAUGGAGCAGCAUGAAGACACUGGUACAGUUUUCUCCAGUCAUAUUAGAUCCCAACACAGCCCAUCAGGAGCUCGUCCUGUCUGAUGAUCUGACCAGUUUUACCCUCGAGGAAGAGCAGAAGCUUCCCCUUAACCCCGAGAGAGUACCGAUAGGUAUGCCACCAUUGGUUCGAGGCUCCGUAGGCUUAGACUCUGGCUCAUAUAGUUGGGUUGUGGAUGUUGGUGACAACGACGACUGGGAACUUGGUGUGGCGACGCUGUCUGCCCUUUGCAUCCAACCAGAUGAUGAGUAUGUUGCUGAUGAUGCAGGAUAUUGGUCUGUUGAAUUCUCUGACAACAAAUAUGUUGCUAUUAAUAUAGACAAGAAAAAGGACAAUGUUCUCAAAUUGAAGUCAAACCCUCGAAGAAUCACACUCCAUCUUGAAUGUAAGAAACGCAAACUGACCUUUUACGAUGCGGACACCAACGCCCGCAUUCACUGCUUCACCCAGCUGUACCAGCAGAAGCUGUAUCCCAUCUUCGGUGCUGACACAUCCAUGCAUAUUCUGGCUCAGAAAAUAUAA